AUAAACCAGGCUCAUUUCCUUUUUAGCCCAGAUUGAAAUGCAUUUUAUAAAAAAGUUUCCAUCGUGGUUGUUUUUUCGUUCUGGAUUUUGUGUUUCGCUUUCGUGUAGCAGUAGCUGUUAUCCGCAUGCAGAGAAAGAAAAAUUCUUUAGCAAAUGUUUGGCAUGAUAAAUUAUGAGUUGGUAAUUUUGCAUGCAUCUGUUUUGUUCCCUAAACUUGAAAGCUGCUGUCGAUAAUUUUUGAGUCUGGGAUCUGGGACCACAACAUUGCGUCAAUCCGCCAUGGCUUUUGCGCGUUCAUAAAUGGUUGGCAUUUGAAAUUUGCGUUUUGGCUGUCGCUGCCUGACUGCUAAUUGCAGGUUCCAGGGUUGGGGUGCAGAAUGCGUUGUGCCACCGGCACCGGUAGGAGGAAUGUAAUUUCACUUUCCUGAGUCGAUCCUGCAACUAUCGCUGCGCCUCUGACAUAGGCCAUCAAACUAGUCACGGCUUUCCUGCAGGCAGUGGGUUCUGGUGAAUAAUGGCAGCGGAAGCAGCAGUGCUGGAUGAUCGGAUCACAUCCCCCAACCUACCUGAUUUAACGGGAUUAGAGGAAUGCAGCAGUAAGCCGGGUCUGGAAAAGACGGAUUCUUGCUACGAUUCCGAUGAUCAUGAUGAUGAUAACGCCGAGGGAAAUGUCACACGAAAUGUUCGGAAUCUGGAGCAUCGGGAUGUGAGCCGCACCGUGUCGGAGACACUCAAGGAAGAGUAUGAUCCUGCACCGGAAACCUAUACUACCUAUCUGUCGUUUGCACUGAAACUGGGCUACACAGAAAGUCAGGUGCAGAAGGCACUGGAGAAGCUGGGCACCCAAGUGACCCAGAACGAGUUCCUGGCGGAGCUGAUCAAACUGGGGGCCGGGGAGAGUGCGGUGGAUGAGGAUGAUGAAGAGGAUGAUGGGGAUUGUGCCGACACCGGCUCCACAUCCAGUCCCAGCCACACCCGGUCACCAGCGGAUCUCCUGUUGACCUCUGCCCAGGCGGACACCAGGGAGUUCACUGGCCUGGGUAAUCAGUUGGGUUCCUCCGUGGCGGCUGUUGGCCCAGCUGUCAGCCAGCUCCGACACAUCGUUAUUGAUGGGAGUAAUGUGGCAAUGAGUCAUGGAAAUAAAGUUAUGUUCUCCUGUCGCGGUAUUGCGCUAUGUGUGGACUAUUUCAAGCAGCGCGGCCACAAAGAUAUCACCGUCUUCGUACCACAAUGGCGCAAAGAGACUUCCAAGCCGGAUGCGCCCAUACGAGAUCAGGAGUUACUCCUGCAACUGGAGCGCGAAGGCAUCCUCACAUUCACACCGUCGCGUUAUGUGGGCAAACGGCGUUUAGUCUGUUACGAUGAUCGAUACGUCCUUAAGCUGGCCAUGGAAACGGAUGGGAUAAUCGUAUCUAAUGACACUUAUCGCGAUCUAAUUCAGGAAAAUGCAGACUUUCGCAAAGUUGUCGAGGAGCGGCUGCUUAUGUAUUCCUUUGUCAACGAUCGUUUUAUGCCUCCGGAUGAUCCACUGGGACGGCACGGGCCGACGCUGAGUCAGUUUCUGCGAAAAAGCUCUAAACGUCAGCAUGAAUGCAUUUCCAAGCCGUGUCCAUAUGGGAAAAAAUGUACUUAUGGAAAUAAAUGCAAGUUUGCCCAUCCCGAGCGCGGCAAUCAGCCACAGAAAUCUGUAACGGAAAUAAUCGGAGAAAAAGCCAAAAUUCAAUUACAAGAGAUCAAAGAACGGGAGCUGAAAUUUGGCGGCCCGGAACAAAAACUGAAACUGACCGCAACCUUGUCGAGCCCUGUUCCCCGCUCGCCCACCCACAAACCAGUAGUCCGAACGCGUUCCAUGGUGCCGGGUGACACAGGAAAUUUCCCCGCCGAACAAACAGCGUUUCCUUUCUCCGCCCUGACCGGCAGCCAGCCGACUUCGCCGCGCUUCCUUCGCGUCCCAUCUCCGGCGCCCGCCUACCGACCGGCGUCGGUGGAUAACGUGGAACGGCUGGCGGGCAAUGUGGACCGGAUGUUCCUGAAGGACAAUCGUCCGAACAACAACCACUCACCGCGUCAUUGCAUGCCAUUAGUGCAGUGCAGUCCGCGGGGGAUGACCUGUCAAGCGAACGGCUUUGGUGGAUUUGCUGCCACUCCACCGCAGCUCCGGGAUUUAGGCAUAGAGCGGAAACAUCCCGCGCUCGUGCAGACGUUGUCGGAUGGGCCGUACGGGCAGCCGCGGCAGGAGAACAUGCACAAUAAACUCCAGAGACAGUUGUCACUGAAUCCCUACGCCGAGCAUCAGCAGCAGAUGCUGCUGCGGGAUUCACACCGCAAUCUAGUCAAUCCCAUCGCUCAGCAGUCCACGGGUCUUCCCGCUAUGAUUUCGGAUAAAAGAAAUCCGAUGGUGUACCGGCCGACCAGUGCAUCCGACUGUGCCGGCUUCAACGGAUCCGGAUACCAGUUUGCGCCCGGAACGACCCUUCCUGCGGAUAGCUUCUUCGCUCACACUUCCACCCAGUCAUCCUUUUACUUGCGCCCCCAACAUACCGUAUCCGCUGCGCCGUCCACAGCGCAGCCGCCGUCAACCUUCACCGAUUCUGGUCAUCGCAGUUUCGGCUUGGAGACAAAUCUGAAUGCUUUCCUGAAUCCCGCAGCGUCCCGUUCAGCGGCACUGAAUCUGGAUGCCCAGCGAUCGGAUAUCUUUAACCGGUUGACAACGUUGUUCCCGGAAGAACAAGUGACCACUGUGAUGAUGUACUACCCUAGGGAAUAUAACUUGCAUAAAUUAUGUAGCGCUAUUCUGGCCAUGUUUCCGGAUGGUCGACAGGGAUAAAAAUGUAUCUAGUUCAGUCAGUUUAAUUGCCACAGAUUUUGGUUGAGGUUAACCUGGAAUUUCAGAUUUUAUUGCGUAAAGCGGUUCUUUUUAUAGAUUUAUUUGCGGUGUAGCGCGAGAUUUAUUUUUGUCAGUUUUCAAUGUUUUAUCCUGAUUACGAGUUAGUAAUCGUAUUCUUUUUUAUGGUGUUUCGUAAGUCAGGCGGUGUGAGGGUGUGUUUUCCGCAGCUAGAUUGAACUAGUUGUUUUUGCUUUGGUUUCCUUCGUGCAAGGAAAACUAACUUAUUUUGUUACUGGGCAUUGACAGUCUGUUGGUUGGGCAGAAUGGGCUGUUAAUUGACGUCCUUGACGCAACCAGAUCCAAUACCAUGUAUUGACGGAGUAAUGACAGUUUUUGUGGCAUCCUGUGAGACGCCGUUCUGUGCUAAACGUGAUUAUUAUUGAAUUAUUUGAGUUCAUUAUGAAUAUUAUUGCCUCUUUUCUGUUUCUUGUCUUAAUAUGCUGGCAUGUGAUGGUUCACGAUGCACGUGAUGGAAUACGCUAGAUCAGUGAAAAUCGUUGUUAUUGCAUCCCGGAAAAAAAGCUUGUUAAUUAUUACUUGUUUUCAGAGUUGUCCUCUUGACAAUAAUUCUGUCUCUGGAGUAAACGGAAGAAUGCUUGAUGCCGAACGUGUAUAGUAUGUAAUAGCGCAUUCUCGACAAUCCGAUGUGGUUAACUGGCUACUGUGUUCUUCUGAUUUCUGAAUAAAAAAAAGCCGCAUUUGCAA